AUGUCCAACAACACAUUCAAUGUCGCCGUAGUUGGCCUUGGUGCCCUCGGCAGCGGAGCAGCCUACCACGCCGCUAUCAAAGGCGCCAGCGUCGUUGGCUUCGAGCAGUAUGAGUUUGGCAACGUCUACGGUUCAUCGCAUGACACAUCUCGCAUUGUCAGAACAUCCUACGGAUCACCAGAUUACGUGGCCCUCGCGCGUUCAGCCUACAAGGACUGGGCCGAACUGGAACGUCGCAGCGGUCUACAAAUGCUGACCAUCACCGGCGGCGUGGCAUUCUUUCCCAAGACCACCACUGACGAGAAUGAAUUGAACAAGUUUGAGAAGACAAUGACUGCUAGUGAGUUCAUGAAGAGUUUGGAUGCGAACGCCAUUUCUUACGAAUUGCUUGACUCGGUCGAGGUCAUGAAGCGAUGGCCGGCAUUCCACAUCCCCGAGGGUGUUCAGACGAUAUAUACUGCAGACUCGGGUAUCGUUCACGCAUCAAAGUCAGUUGCGGCAAUGCAGUAUCAAGCUCGUGCCAAUGGAGCCGUUCUGAAAGAGAAGACGCGUGUGGAUGCAGUUAUCCCUAACGAGAAUGGGAAGGGCGUGGCAAUAGAGACAUCCAAGGGUCGUUUCUAUGCCGACAAGGUCAUUUUGGCUUGUGAUGCGUGGAUCAACAAGCUUCUUGCACCUCUGGGGUCAGAGAUUCCGCUGACGGUCAUGCAAGAGCAAGUCACAUACUACAAGCCAGCUGACCUCAAACCUUUUGACGAGACUAAAUUCCCCGUCUGGAUUUGGGCUGGCGAUCGGUAUUACUACGGAUUCCCCAUGUAUGGUGAGCCAGCUAUCAAAGCAGGGCGUGACACGUCGAAUAACUUUAUGACACCCGAGAAUCGAACAUUUGUUCCUUCGGAAGAGUUGUUCAACGAGUUGACAUCGUUCAUGGGCAAUCUUAUCCCCGAGAAGGGUGAGCCUCUGCGAACCAUCACAUGCCAAUAUGCGAUUACACCUGAUCGACAGUUUGUGAUUAGUCCAUUGAAGAAUAACCCUGAUAUCAUUAUCGGACUGGGUGGUGGUCACGCUUUCAAGUUUUCGCCAGCUAUUGGACGUGUUCUUGCCGAGCUUGCCAUAGAUGGAUCGACAAAGGAAGAUAUUUCCAACUUUGGAAUUCCUAGAUCAUCAGCCGAUAGUAAAUUGUAG